AUGUUUGCCACGACUCUCCUCCUUGCAACGCUCUGCGUUUUUGCGCAUCUGGACACCUUUACGCAUGGUUGCCAGCUCCCCUCGGAGUGGCGGCCGCUGAGCGAGGGCUGCCGGGCGGAACUGGCGGAGAUCAUCGUGUAUGCCCGGGUCCUGGCAAUCCACCGGGAGCCUCUGGGCGCUGGAGGGGGCAGUCUGUACAACUCGCUGCCCUUCGGGUUCGGAUACGGGUACGAGGGCGCGGAGGAAGGGCUGCUGUACUCUGCAGAGGUGGAGUUGUUGUGCGACCAAGCCUGGGGCAGUAUGCUGGAGGUGCCCUCUGGAUCCAGGCUCAACCUGACCGGGCUGGGUUACCUGUCCUGUCAGUCCCAUACCGUGAUGGAGAACUACUCCUAUUUCUUUUUCCUCAGGAUGGAUGAGAACUACAACAUCCGGCCUCACGGUGUCAACUUCCAGGAUGCUAUCUUCCCGGACAUGAUGGAGAACAGGCGCACCUUCUCCAGUCUCUUCCAGUUCUCCAACUGCACCCAGGGUAGCCAGCCAUUCCAGACAUUCAGCCCUGAGUGGGACGCACAGGAAGACAACAGACUGCUGUGUUCAUCAGUGCAGGCUGCACUGUUUGAGGAGGAGGAGCGCGGCCGGAAGUUGCAGGAGCGCCUGGCUGCGGCAGAGAGGAGGAACCGGCAGUUGAAGGAGCGAGUUCGCAAGGUGAAGCGUUCCCUGAGGAAUGCCCGCAAAGCUGCGCGCAAGGCCGAGCAGGAGGCGCAGGAGCUGCAACACAAGCUAAAAGCUGUGGAGAGAAGAGCGGGGCAUCACCUCAACACCAUAACACAGGAGGAGCCUCCGCUCGGGGGUUACACAAGUGCAGCCAUACGUCAGGGGAUGCAACUUUAAAUCACAGGACUGCCAUUCCCCUGGACUGAAAAGUGGUUGUUGAGAGGGAGAGACUGCUGGGCGGUCUCUCUGCAAGGGACAGACAAGUGUCACACAUGAGUAAACACACUUUAAAAGUAGUACUCUUCACAGUUUUCUUGUAAAUAAACUACCAUCC